UCAGAUAUUGGCUAUCUUGUUGAUAAAUAUUCUCCGUUCAAUAAAAGCUUCAGACGGGAGCAACGUUUCCCCAAGUCACUCUGAAGACAGCAACAGAAUGAAGCGUCGACUAUCAUCGCUGGAGAUCCUCCUCUGUGUCGUGUGUUUGCUUCUUCUGGUGUCUUGCAUCAGCCUCAUCGUCGUGACUUGGUUCAGCCUCAACCCCGGAGUUGCCAAUGGCCCAACGGUGCUCAACGGCGCCUUGGUGAUCACUGAAGGAGCUGAGAUGUCAGAGGAGCUGAAGAACUCCAGCAGCUCAGGGUUCAAAUCCCUGGCUUUUGAUGUGGAGAAUUUGGUGAGAGCAGCGUUUAGCAGCAGCAGCGACUACAGCUUGAGCUUCCUGUUUUGUCAGGUCUUGAGUUUCACAGAGUCUUCGUCGCUCAGUAAAAGGGUCGUCGGUGUGAAGGUCACAUUCGAUCUGUUGUUCAACGAGCCGGUCGAUGGCAAGGAAGUGGAGCAGCGGCUGAGAGGAAGCUUUCAGGACGGGAAGGGACUGGUGGUCGACAGAGACAGCAUUCUGAUUACGGGAAAACCAGAAGCAACGACGACGACAGCGGCAACCACAGUGGCGACAACAGCAGCUACUAAAGGCUCCUGCCCUCCUCAUCAGACCUUGUGUGCGGAUCAGUCAGCGUGUGUUGAUACCGAACGUCUUUGUGACGGAGUCCAGGACUGUGCUGACGGAUCAGACGAGACCUCCACCCGCUGUGCAACACCAUGCGACGGACAGUUCCUGUUGCUCGGGCCAAGUGGCUCCUUCUCCUCCUCCCGUCACUAUGAGACGUACAACACGAGCAUCUUCUGCCGUUGGAUCAUCAGGGUUGAGAGAGGAUUUUCUGUCCACAUCGACUUCUUGACGUUUGAAACCGAAGAACUCUAUGAUGUUCUGAAGUUUUACGACGGAGUUGGAGGAGGACGGCAACUGAAUGCUGAGCUCUCAGGCACCAUACGUCCUGGUACUGUGUGGCUUCUGACAGAUGAGUCCACUGUGGAAUUCUCAUCUGAUGAUAUCAACAGCCUGUCUGGAUUUAACGCCACAUUCACCGCAACCGACCUGUCCGGCCUCACUGAUGAUCAAAAACUCAGUUGCACCUUCGAAGACGGGUUCUGUUUCUGGCGGCAACAGCAAGAUGAUGACGGAGACUGGAUAAGAGCAAGAGGCGCGACAUUCCCGCCACUGACUGGUCCAAGUUCUGACCACACGUUGGGAAAUCAGUCAGGUUUCUAUAUCACCACUCCACCCAGUCCUGGCCAAUGGCCGAUGAGUUUCAGGAUCCAGAGUCCCGUGCUGAUGCCGUCACCUAACCCCAUGUGUUUGAAAUUUUGGUACCACAUGUACGGAGAGGACGUCCACCAGCUAAGAGUCCUGCUGGUCCAAACAUCCACAAAUGUGGUCUUCCAGAAGGACGGUAACUACGGCGACAACUGGAACUACGGUCAGGUGACGCUGCAACUGAGAGACGAGGCCUCGGUGGUGUUUGAAGCACUGAAGAACGGAGGUAGGAUGAACGAGAUCGCCCUGGAUGACAUCGUGUUGAUAUCUGAACCCUGCGGCCCUGCCCCUCCUGAACCAACAAACGUACCACUCCCACCGACCAUGGCUCCGAUUCCGCCUGACUGUGGAGGGCCAUUUGAUCUUUGGGAGCCAAACUCAACAUUCACCACACCGAAUUACCCGACUGCUUACGGGAACGAGGCUCAUUGUGUGUGGACGCUGCACGCUCCGCCGGGGCGCAACAUUCAUCUUCACUUCCUGGAUUUUGAUAUUGAGGCCACUUUUGAUGUUUUGGAGGUGCGAGACGGAGCUGGACCCAAGUCCACCUUGCUGGCUGUUCUGACAGGCAGUGAUAAUCCCACCCCUGAUUUGUUUUCAACAACCAAUCUUAUGACGGUGCAGCUUUUCACGGAUGUAUCGGGUAGCGGAAGAGGAUUCAGAGCCAAUUUCUCCUCUGGAUUCAAUUUGGGAUCUCCAGCUCCAUGUGCUGGCAGUCAAUUCCAGUGUCAGACAGGAGAGUGUAUCCAUGGUAACAGCCAGUGUGACGGGCGGGUGGACUGUCCUGACGCCUCGGAUGAAGCUGACUGUGUUGAGUUACAACUGGACGGUUCGAGACGCCUGGAGUUUCAGGUUGCCUCCGCGAUGCUCACUGUCUGCGCUGACAACUGGAACCAAAAGUUGUCAGACUUCACCUGUCAGUAUCUGGGAUACAGGUCAGCAGAAGCUACGAUGCUGCUGGCUCGUCCGGAAGAUUCUCCUUUCGCGAUCGUAACCAUCAACAAGAAUGGGAGCCUGGAGGCCACCGACAGCAAAACAUGCAGCAGCAAGAAAGUGGUUUCUUUGAGCUGUGGCAACAAACCAUGUGGUGUUAGCUCUAUCAGGAACGCCACAAAGGAAGGUAACCAAUCAACAAAAGGUGAGAACUUAACCUCCCUAUUAGGUGACGUUCGAGUGGUGGGCGGAGUCAAUGCCGUGAAGGGGGCGUGGCCAUGGGCGGUAUCACUGCACUGGAAGGGGCGUCACGUCUGCGGGGCUUCUUUGAUUGACAACGAAUGGCUGCUGACUGCGGCGCACUGUGUCUACGGGAAGAACCUCCACCCGCAGCUGUGGACAGCAAAGUUGGGCCUCCACUCUCAACUGGCGCUGUCGGACGCUCAGACGCGAGAAAUCGACCACAUCGUCAUCAACCAUCAGUAUAACCGUCUGACCAAGCAGGCCGACGCCGCCAUGAUGCACCUGAAGACGCCAGCCAACUUCUCUGAGCUGGUCCAGCCCGUGUGUUUACCAGAAGACGGUGAGGACUUUCCUGCAGGUCAAGAAUGUUUCAUCGCAGGAUGGGGACGAGACUCAGAGGGUUCUCCUGCGAACAUCCUCCAGGAGGCCAUGGUUCCUCUGGUGGCUCAGGAUCAGUGUCAACGGCAGUUACCAGAGUACAACAUCACCUCCAUGAUGAUGUGUGCAGGGUACCCGGAGGGCGGCGUCGACUCCUGUCAGGGCGACUCCGGGGGUCCACUGAUGACGGCGGUCGACGGUCACUGGAGCCUCAUUGGUGUGACAUCAUUCGGCAAGGGCUGCGGGCUCCCAGGAAAACCCGGUGUUUACGCCCGAGUUUCAGCCUUCAUCCCCUGGAUCGCGGACACUCGGCGCUCCUCCUCUUCGCUGACUCUCCGCUGAUGUUUUAUGACAUCAUCACCUGCUGCUCUUCUGACGGGUUGAUACAGUUUUAA